AUCAGCUGCUCCAACAUUUUAUCUGGGACUAAAAUUAGGAUUGUCCCCCGGGCGAGGAGGAGCCGUGCCUGACUGUGUCCGUGCGAGAGGGCCCCCAGCGACCAGCCAAGGGCCACCCCAGACACCCCGGCAAGACCCCCAGACAGGUUCCCACGCACCAGAUUGGACUGAGUUCGGCGGGCCCCAGAGGGUUUGUGGCCCCCGGAGGGUGGGGGGGUCCGUUCUAACUCCAGGCAAAAGCUUCAACAUCUCAGAAGACCGAUGGCAGCUGUGUCUCUUCCAUCACACAACUCCCACAUGGCUCUGGAGAUGCCAGGGGGAGCACCCCGCUUUCUGCACUUUCCCCGCUCAGUCACAGCCUCCAUCGGCACACAUGCUGUCCUGAGAUGCCGCAUAAGUGGGGAUCCCCCACCUUGUGUGCUAUGGGAACGUGCUGGGAACGUCCAGCAUGAACUGGGUGAUAGAUGCUACACUCAGCAGGAUGGAGAUUGGUACCAGCUGGUGAUAAGUGACUUACGCCUAGAAGAUUCAGGACAUUACAUGUGUAAGGCCAGUAACUGGGCUGGGGAAGGCUAUGCUGGAGCCAAACUUACCGUGACACUCAACAGCACUGUAGUCAAUGAACCACAUCUUGGUCUACCCACUGAAUUGCCACAGUCAACUAAAUAUGCCACAAAUUCUGCGAUGGUGUCUUCCAAAUCAGAGCCCUCCAUUGUAUCGUCAGCCGUUGGGCAGAACUGGAACGACAAUGUUGACCACAAUGGCGACCAAGAUUUUCAGCCGCAUUUUAUACUUAUCCCGAGCUCGCAGAGGCUGACCCGUGGACAAAGUGCAGAACUUGCUUGUAGAGUAUCAGGAAAACCAGAGCCUGUGAUUCGUUGGGAGAAGGACGGGCGUAGCUUGGAUGAGAUUUGUGAUGGGUCACAUUACCGAUUGUCUCCUGAAGGUCAAACUUUGUACAUUUCCCAUGUCCGACCACCAGAUGCUGGAGUAUAUGUCUGCCGCGCCAGUAACCCCCUAGGCCAGUGCCUUGCCGCAGCUGUCCUUCUAGUAGAGCCGACUCCAAGGCAAGGGCCAGAACCAGUACCAGGAGACCCCCCGGCCCAGGUGAAAGUGUUCACGGUUAAUGAAGGAAAGCACGCCAAGCUUCGCUGCCUGGUGACUGGAAAACCCAGGCCGGAGAUUGUCUGGCGUAAGGAUGGUCGUGCAGUUAGCCCUGGUCGGAGAACUCUCAUUUAUGAGGACCGGGAUGGUCAUUUUACCCUUAAAGUUCUGUUCUGUCGGCAGCAGGACCGAGGCUUGUACAUAUGCGGUGCCUCCAACUCGGCUGGGAACACAUUGAGUGCUGUCAUGUUGCAUGUGAGAGAGGUAGGUGACCGUUUCCCCACCCCGUUGAGAGACAUAGCCGUCAGAGAAGGUCAGGACGCAGUGCUGGAAUGUUCAGUUCCCGAGGGAGCCCGUGCCUCUUGGUACCUGGAAGAUCAGAGACUUCACCCAGGAAAGCGGCACCAGAUGGAAGAACACGGACCCAUUAGGCGACUGAUCAUUCGAGGAGCUCGGACAGAUGAUGACGGGGUGUAUGUGUGCCAGACUCACAGAGGGGCGCAGAGUAUUGCAGAGGUUGCAGUCAGAGGACCAAUAGCGAAAAGGCUGCCCCGUCGCUUGGAGGUUACGGAGGGUGGAAACGCAGCAUUUUGCGCAGAGACGGAAAGUGAAGUGGAGCAGGUCGGUUGGACCCACAAUGGUCAUAUCAUGUUUGAGGAUCACCGGACAGUGGUACAGAGUUUUGGAAGGACACAUGUCAUGGUUCUGGUGGGGGUAACGCAGAAGGAUAGUGGCAUCAUCCAGUUCCAUGCUGGGCUUUCUGAAUCCACAUGUCAGCUUCGAGUUAAAGCUCGUGGGUCCAGCAUUGCUGCGGCUUCUGGGGAGCCGGUCAGUAGGUCUAUGGAUGUCGGACAGCCCAUCUGUCUUAGCUGCCAGGUGCCCAGCUCUGGGGCCAAAGUGCGCUGGAUGAAAGAUGGUAAGGAGAUGGAGACCGGCGGACGCUUCUCCCUCCAAUCAGAUGGCAGAAUGAGGCGGCUUCUCAUCUCGUCUUUAGAACCAUUGGAUUCGGGAAAUUAUACUUGUCACUCUGCUGACGACAACAUCAGCUUCUCCGUCACAGUGACAGAACCCCCGGUGAAGAUUAUAAACACAAGCAAUGACACAGAACACAAGUGCGCCGGUGGGGAGCGCAUGAUGCUGAGUUGCGAGGUGUCCCGUGAGAACGCCCUUGUGCGCUGGUACCGCAAUGGCGUGGAGAUAGAGGAGAGCGACAAUGUCAAGCUGGACUCAGAUGGCAGACAUCGCAGGUUGAUCAUCACAUGUGCCAGGCCAGAGGAAUCCGGAGAAUAUGUCUGUAAUACCGGCAAUGAUUCCGUCUUCUACAAUGUCACUGUUACAGAUCCACCAGUGAAGAUCAUAAACACAAGCGAUGACACGGAACACAAGCACGAGAGCGGAGAUGCCAUUGUGCUGAGCUGCGAGCUGUCCAGGGAGAACGCUCACGUGCACUGGUACCGGGAUGGCGUAGAGAUAGAGGAAGGUGCCAACAUCAGGUUGGAGUCAGACGGCAGGCAUCGCAGGCUCGUUAUCGCGUGUGCCACACCGGAGGAUUCUGGGGAAUUUGUCUGCGACACUGGAGACGACUCCGUCUUCUACAACGUGGCGGUGACAGAACCAGCUGUGAAAAUCGUGAAUACCGUUGAGGACGCUGAACUGAAGUAUACGAGCGGGGAGAGCAUGGUCCUGAGCUGUGAGUUGUCCAGAGAGGACGCCAUCUUGUGCUGGUACAAGGAUGGAGUGGAGAUAGUGGAGAGCGACAAUAUCAGGCUGGAAUCAAAUGGAAAGCAACGCAGAUUGGUUAUCACCGGGGCCAGGCCAGAGGACUCCGGGGAGUAUAUGUGUGACACUGGACAUGACCGUCUGUCCUAUCAUGUGUCUGUAACAGAGCCUCCAGUGAAAAUCGUGAACACCAGUGACGACACGGAGCACAAACAUGUGAGCGGAGAGCGCAUGGUCCUGAGCUGCGAGAUGUCCAGGGAGAGCGCCGCUGUGCGCUGGUACAAGGAUGGCAUUGAACUGGAGGAAAGCGACAACGUCACAAUUGAGGUGGAUGGUUGUCACCGGAGGCUGGUCAUCCAAUCUGUGCAGCCGCAGGAUUCUGGAGAGUUUGUCUGUGACGCUGGCGAUGAUUCCGUUUUUUACAACGUAUCGGUGAAAGAUCCCCCAGUUAGGAUAAUAAACACGAAUGAUGAUUCUGAGCAUACGUUUAUGAGCGGGGAGCGCGUUGAGCUGAGUUGUGAGGUGUCCAGAGAGAACGCCAUGGUGCGCUGGUAUAAGGAUGGCGAGGAGCUACAUGACGGUAGCAACAUUGUGUUAGAGGCGGACGGCUGUCACCGCAGGCUGAUCAUCUUAUCGGCAGACACAUCGGACUCCGGUGAAUUCGUCUGUGACGCGGUGGAUGACUCCAUCUUCUACAAUGUGACAGUGGCAGAUCCCCCAGUGAAGAUCAUAAACACGGGCGAUGACACCGAGCACAAGCACCUGAGUGGAGAGCCCAUAGUCCUGAGCUGUGAGCUGUCCCGGGACAACGCUCAGGUGCGCUGGUACCAGGAUGGGGUGGAGAUAGAGGAAGGUGCCAACAUCAGGCUGGAGUCAGACGGAAGACAUCGCAGGUUGAUUAUCGCACGUGCCACACCGGAGGAUUCUGGGGAAUUUGUCUGUGACGCCGGAGACGACUCCGUCUUCUACAAUGUGAUGGUGACAGAGCCUCCAGUGAAGAUCUUGAAUGCAGACGAUGACACAGACGAGAGAUGCCUGAGCGGCGAGGAGCUGGCCCUGAGCUGUGAGCUGUCUCGGGAGAACGUUGUGGUGCGUUGGUACAAGGAUGGAGAGAAAGUGGAAGAGAGUGAGAGGUUCCGGCUGGAAUGUGAUGGAGGACACCGCAAGCUGGUCAUCCUGUCGGCACAACCAUGUGACUCUGGGGAGUUUGUCUGUGAUGCCGGAGAUGAUUCUAUAUUCUUCAAUGUGACAGUGACAGACCCUCCUGUGAAGAUUGUGAACACCAGCGAUGACGUGGAGCACAUAUGUGUCAGCGGAGGACGGGUGGUGCUGAGCUGCGAGGUGUCCAGGGAGAACGCCAAGGUGCGCUGGUACAAGGAUGGGGUGGAGGUGGAAGGCGAUGAGGAUGUCAUUCUGGAGUCCGAUGGAAAGCACCGCAGGCUGGUCCUUCCAAAUGCUCAAGUAAAGGAUUCGGGAGAGUACGUCUGUGACGCCAAGGAUGACUGUGUCUUCUAUAAUGUAACGGUCAAAGAACCCCCGGUGAAGAUAGUAAACACCAGUGAUGACACAGGACUGGCCUACCUGACCGGAGAAGAGGUGGAGCUGAGCUGCGAGGUGUCUCGGGAAAACGCGGUGGUGCGUUGGUAUAAGGAUGGCGUUGAGGUGGAGGAUCUGGAGAACAUCCGAGUGGUGUCAGAUGGGAAACAUCGCAGGCUUAUCAUUCCUUCUGCCCAGAUUGCAGAUUCUGGAGAAUUUGUCUGCAACGCCAUUGAUGAUUCUGUGUUUUAUUAUGUUAAAGUCACAGAGCCUCCCGUGAAAUUUGUGAACACAAGUGAAGACACCGAUCUGUCAGGAGUGAACGGAGAGCCGGUGGUGCUCACUUGCGAGGUGUCCAGGGAGAACGCCAAGGUGCGUUGGUACCGGGAUGGCAUGGAACUGGAGGAGAGCGACAACGUCAGGCUGGAGUCCGAUGGCCGGAUCCGCAGACUGGUCAUAAAAUCGGCCCAGACACAAGAUUCCGGGGAGUUUGUCUGCGAUGCAGGGGAUGACGCCGUCUUCUAUAGCUUGUUAGUGACUGAGCCUCCCACGAGGAUUGUCUUUCCGAAGGCCCGCACACAAGAACUGGAAUAUCUGACGGGAGAGAAGGUGGAGCUGAUGAUCGAGGUGUCGCGUAGCAAUGGCGAUGUGCGUUGGUUUAAAGAUGGACUGGAAGUAGAUGAAGAUGACAAUCUGCAGCUGAUCACAGACGGGCCGCGCCGACGCUUGAUUUUGAAACGGUCCAUGGUGGACGAUUCUGGGGAAUAUAUCUGUGACACUGACAGUGACUCGGUCACUUUUGAUGUCAAGGUCUCAGAGCCUCCGGCAAAGUUCGUACCCGGUGGAUGCUCCCCGUCUGUGCUCCAUGUGACCGAGGGCGACCCCUUAACUAUAGUCUGUGAGCUGACACGCACUCCAGAUGUCAUUCGCUGGAUAAAGAAUGGUCAGAGGGUGACACCGGAUGGCAACCUGACCAUGGAUGAUGAGGGCGUAAAGUGUACGCUGAGCCUGUUGUGCGCACAGGAGGACCAUGCUGGACAGUAUGAGUGCAAUGUGGGGACCGACUCCUGCAUUUUCGAGGUGCAUGUGGAUGAGGCUGUAGUGGUGAUCUUAGAGCGUGACCAGAUCAUACCACGCAGGGUGUGCACUGUGUCUGAGGACCUCAGGCUGGCACUCCCCCUGUCCCGAUCUGACGCUGAAGUGAGGUGGUACAAGGACGGCGAGCGGCUGAAAGACAAUCCGCACAUACUAGUGGAGGAGAGGGGAGCAGAGUGCUCGCUGACCAUCCUGGGAGCGGCGCGUCAUGACGCUGGCGAAUAUCUAUGUGAUGCCCGCAACGACAGCUUCAGCUUUUAUGUCACUGUGGGAGCACCACCUGUUACCAUCGUGGGUAACAGCGGAACUCCUGAGCACCAUGUGUUGGUGACGGGAGAUGAUCUGGUUUUGGCCUGUGAACUGUCAAGGCCAAACUUCAAGGUGCGCUGGCUCAGAGAUGGGGAGGAGCUGGUGUCGGGAGGGCGUGUAAAAAUCUUGACCCGAGGUGCUCAUCGUCAGCUCACCGUACAAAGUGUCCGGCCUUCCGACUCUGGCACCUACACCUGUGAUGCCGGCUCCGACCAGCUACAAGCAGAAGUUCGUGUAGAAGCGCCUCGCCAGGUGGAGUUCCUCACCGAGCUGCAGAACGUGACUGUUCUGGAAGGAGACGCUGCUACUUUUAAGUGCGUUGUCUCUCCAGAUGAUGUCAUUCUUCACUGGGAGCUGAACGGAUCCCCGGUGAAUUCAGACCGGAGGGCCAGCAUGGCAAGCAAUGGACUGUGCCACUCUCUGACCUUACAUGGGUGCCGUCUUUCAGACUCGGGUACCAUCACCGCUAAUGCUGAGGGGCUCAUUUCUCGAGCAAGGCUCAGGGUGCAAGAGGCACAUGUAAUGUUUGUUCAGGGAUUGGAGGACAAGGAGGUAGAAGAAGAAGAAGAUGUCACCUUUCAGGUCCAGGUGACCACGGAGAGAGGAGAGGUGCGCUGGGUGAAGCAGGGAGUAGUCAUCCAGCCCAGCGCUAAAUUUACACUUGAGGACACGGACUGCACCCACAAGCUGACUAUCCACUGUGUCCAGGCUUCCGAACGAGGCCGCUACAGCUGUGAGAGCCUCCAUGACAGGACUGAUUGCCGCCUUAAUGUCCUUCCACGCAGUAUAGCUAUAAAGAAGGGCUUGAAAGAUGUAACGUGUGAAGAAGGAAGUAACAUGGAAUUUUUGGUGGAGUUAUCCCAUGAUGGUUUGGUCGGAGAAUGGUGGAAGGGUGGAGUCCGUCUGACCUCUGAUGACCGAUGUGUCAUCAGAACAAGUGGUCGUCAACAUUUUCUGCUCCUCUCGGAUCUCUGUCUCCCAGAUUCAUCGGUCAUAGCUUUCAUCACAGACACUCUGCGCACUACAGCACAGUUGACGGUCACUGAGCCUCCUCUGACCAUCACACAGCCUCCACAGGACUUUGUGGUCAAUGAGGGCGGACUAGCUACAUUCCAGUGUGAGGUCUCCAAACAAGAGGCUGUUGUGACCUGGAGUAAGGAUGGAGAGCAACUGGUUCCCAGUUCAUCAUGUCGUAUGUUCUCUGUGGGGAGGCGGAGAAUCCUUCAUCUCAGCCAAUGCGAGCCGCAGGAUGCCGGGACUUACACGUGCCACGUGGAUGAACUGGCUGCAUCUAGCACUUUACGUGUCUUGGAACAAGAACCACAAGUGAUAAAAGACCUGCAGGAUGUGAAGAUAAUAGAGAACGACAACGCUGCCUUCAUCUGUGAACUGUCAUGUGCUCAGGCCAAGGGGGAGUGGUUCAAAAACGGCGAGCAAAUCAAAGUAACAUCAACCACAAAGAUCCGUCAGGAAGGGCGGAGGCAUUUCCUGUUGAUCUGUGGGGCCCAAUGUGGGGACUCUGGAGAAAUCCUCUUUCGAGCAAGAAGAUCCGAGUCAAGAGCCAAGCUUGUAGUGACAGAGCUCCCUGUGCGCAUAGUGAAGGCGCUGAGAGACAAGACGGUCCUGCAGGGUCAUCGGGUCAUCCUGGAAUGUAAGGUCAGUCCGGCACGGGCUCGGGUCUCCUGGCUGCGAGGAGGUCAUGUGAUCCUCCCAUCCGACAAAUACCAGAUAACCAGCGAAGAUGCGUAUCGGACGCUAUUCAUCAAUGACGUGGACCCAGAAGAUGAGGAUGUCUAUACCAUGAAGACUAGUGGGGGGCAGAGCUCAGCUCGUCUGAUGGUGGAAGGUCUGGCCAUCCAGAUGAUUCGUAAUCUGAGAGAUGUCAAGGUGACGGCUCCAAAUGACGCUUGUUUUGAUUGUGAGGUGUCCAUUCCUCUCCCCCGUCCUCCACAGUGGAGUCUGAAUGGGGUGCCAAUGCACAUCGGUGGAAAUAUCAUCAUCGAAAGCAGAGGAAACCGGCACAAGCUCACCCUGAAGGACACGUAUCCUGAAAUGUCAGGAACCAUCAAAUUUACCGCCGGCAAGACACGCUCAGAAGCCAAACUCACUGUGCUAGAACAAUAGGAAGAGCCUCAGCCUGCAGGAGCCA